AUCGAGAGAGAGAGAGAGAGAAGAUGGACGCAGAGACGAUUGAAUUAGGGAAUUUGUGUCCUGACCUUAUAGAGUCCAUCUUCUCUCGCAUCAACAUAAAGUCUAUCACAAAGUUGAAGAUCGUCUCAAAGACCUGGUGCAACGUCAUCACCGAUCUUCGCCGUUCCAACCCACCUACCACCACCUCCGGCCUAGUCAUCUUCCUCAGACAGAUUAACAACAACCCCACCCUUCAUGAAUCAAUCUUCAUCAAGGUCCAAGACCAAAGCCAAGGCCAAGAUUGCACUCUCCAUGCAUCUUUCAAACAUAGCUUUUCAACAUUAAUUGAUUCUUGCAAUGGUUUGCUUCUAUAUGCCGGAAAAAAUGGCCAUUUUUGGACCUACCACGUCUCUAGCCCAGUUCUUGAUCAACAUAUUUCUCUCCCUCCUGCCCACAAAACCUCCAGACCAGCCUGUGCAAGUCUUGCUUUUGAUGGGAUUCACCAAGAUUGGUUUAGGGUAAUCUGUUUCUUCUGGGCAGAAGUUGAUAUUAUGUCUGGUACAAUGAACUGCCAGAUUUUCUCAUCGCAAACUUGGGAAUGGACAGAACAUCAAGCAAGAAUCUUGUACUCGGGUCUUCUACUCGAAGAUGGUUUUGUCCACGGACAGUGUUUUGGGUCUGGUGUUUUUAGCAGGGGAAGAUUGUACUGGAUAUGGAGCCUAUGCUUGUUGGUUUAUGACGACAAGAGAGAGUUUUUCAAGCUCAUUCGAUUACCCAAAAACAAGUCCACAAGAACAAGAUCAAAUGUGUACUUGUCACAACUCUUGUGGGAAUCAGAAGGUUGUAUACAUCUUUGUGAUCCAGUUGAUGAGGGCUUUUAUAUAUGGGCAUUCAAUGAUGAUCAUGAUGAUUUUGAGCAUGAAUCCAUGGACUACGAUUUAAGGUGGCGAUUCGAGCGGGUGGUGAUGGUUGUGGAAUUGAAAUCAGGGUGGUCUUGGACUUCAAUUCGACCAUGCGCGUUUAAUGAAGACUUGCAGGUACUGUAUCUGGAGCUGUCACCGGGAACCAUUGUUUCUUACAGUUUUGAGACCAAAAAAAUUGCACAAGUGUGGUUCUACGGUGAGCCAGGGGAAGAUUACUUUAUGUCUAACAUUUAUCCUUUUCUAUUCAAAUCUGUAAAUUUGCUUGCUUGCAGGAAAUAGAUGUCUUCUGGUCAUUAGCACAACAAGCAAGUUAACAUAGAAAAAAAACUGCAAACGUUUCAACAAGUUGUAAAUUGGGUGCUUGUAAGUUGGAUUGGAAUUGGCGAUGGUUGGGAAAUUGAAAUUGGUCCAAAAUUGUUCAUUUCUUCCAGAUUUUCCUUCAUAUGUGUUUAUGCUGUUGGAUCAACAUUUACUCAGCCUCCUAUGCUCUACUUGUACCUAAUUUAAAAGUUUUGAU